AUGGGUGGUGUUAAAGCUGUUAGGAUUGCUGUCGAUAAGUACAAGAUGGCUACUGGUCACAAUAUUGCUAUUCUUAAAAAUGACAAAACUCGUUUUACUGCAAAGUGCGAAGAAGAUGGUUGUGCUUGGAGGAUUCAUUUUUGCCCUGUGAAUGGUGAUACUUCUCGGUUCGUGCUGAAAGAUUCUAACGCUCACAGCUUAAAACCCAGACAGAUCAUGUCACUUUUCAAGAAAACUUAUGGGUCCAAUAUUAAGUAUCACCAUGCCCGUAGAGGGAAAGAAGCUGUAUUUGAAGAACAGUAUGGCGAUGACGAGAAGUCGUAUAGCGAUUUUACUUGGUAUGUCAAAGCAAUUGAAAAAACUAAUCCCGAUAGCUAUGUGAAGUUUGAAGUUGAGGAUGGAACCAGUAGAUUUCAUAGGAUAUUCGUUUGUUACGGUGCUUGCAAGCAUAACUAUAGGUAUCUCAGGCCCAUGAUUUACUUGGACGCUACUUUCCUUACUGGUAGAUACAAGGGUACUCUUAUGGCUGCAACAUGUAUCAACGGAAACAAUGAGUUUUACCCAUUUGCUUUUACUAUUGGCAUUCCAAAAUAUUCUCCUAAUUCACAUCACAGCUAUUUCUUUUACCACAUCAAAUGCAAUCUCCCCAUUGGAUCAGGUGAUGCGAAUUCGAAUCCCGUUCUUGAUUUGUUUUACAAAGAUGCGUACUCUUACACACCAGCAAACUUUGAAGAAGCUUUGAGGGGAAUGCAUGCAAUUGGAGCUGGACAUGUUGCUAACUAUAUCAGGACUAUUCCAAAGGAGAAAUGGGCAAAUGCGUUUUUCCCUAUAUGCAGAUAUGGUGCUCACUCUUCAACUCUUGCCGAGUCUUUUAACAACUGGGUUCUUCCUUUCAAAAAGUUGCCUUGUUUUGUUCUUCUCGAUGCGAUAUGUUUGAAGGUUAUGGAGAAAAUGUCUCAGAGAAGGAUACUAGGUAUGGAAACAUUCAACACUAGGAUCACUCCUGAAUAUGAGGCUUUGCUAAAGGAAAACAUCGACAUUGGUCGUACUUGGACUGUUGUUCAGUCCAUGGAAAGAUUGUAUGAAGUCGGGUCUCCCCGGACUCAUUCUGUAGAUCUAUUGCAGAAAACUUGUACAUGUCACAGGUGGCGAGUGAAUGGUUUUCCUUGUGCGCAUGCUUGUGCUGCCAUUCAAGAUACUAGAGAAGACAUCUAUUCAUUUGUUGAGCCAUACUUCACCACCGAAUGGUACAACAUGACAUACCAGGAGAUCAUCUUGCCAAUCCCCAAUUAUGACAAGCCGCAGUCUUAUGAUCCUAGUGAUAGGGUUAUUGUUCCUAUUCCUGUUCCUCCACCGGGUAGACGAAGAACACAGCGCUUCAAUAAUGCAUAUGAGAAGCAAAAGAGGAAAAUGAUGUGCACAAAGUGCUUCACUCUUGGUCACCAUAACAGAGCUGCCUACCCCAUGCUUUGA